AAACAUGUUUUUUAAUAAACAAAGAUAAAGUUUCAAAACUGUUUACCAUCCUUUCCCUGACUGACACGGUGUUAAAGUAACACACAAAAUGACCCUCUUUAGAAGCGAAGCCUACAGAGAGUUUUUUAAGACUCUCCUUUAUGAUACCAAUGUGGACAAUCGUCAAGAAAUAAUCAUGGAAAAAAUUUCCAGCAUGUGGACAGAACUUCAGAAUCAAAACAAGUUACCGAAGGGUGUGUUGACGACGUCGUGUGAGUCGGAGCUGAAGGAGCUGAUUUCGCACAUUGACGGGAUGAUGGAGUCACAGAAGAGUGACUGGGAACAUGACCUGAAGGACUUGGAGACAAAGUUACUACAGAAGGAACACGAGAUCCUGGUACAGCGGUCCACACUGGAACAGAAACAUACAGAGAUUGGGCGUCUCAAACAGCAAGUUAAAGACCUUGAAGAUUGUCAGAGGGCUGGAAUCUCUGAGUAUGAUACCCAUCUCACUGCCCUGAAGGAAGAGGUACGUAAGGUGAAACAUGAUUAUGAAAAGUUAAAUAAACGGCACCACAAGCAGAUAAAAGAAUCACGACGGGACAUUGAACAGACAGAGAUUCAACUUCAGGAUAACACGAUGGAGCUUAAACAUACCAAGGACAAAAUGGAGGAAUAUGUCCAGAAGGCAAAAGAUUGGGAGUUACAACGACGAACGUUUCAAAAACAGAUUGAAACUUUAGAACAUCAGAGGAGAGCAUUGACAGAGAAGUGUGAAUUUGUACAGGGUCAGUCACAGACUUACCAGAGUCAAGUGGAAAAGAGGAGACAACUCCUAGAUAAUACCGAGGUCAGCUUCAAAACACAGAUUAGUCAACUGGAGGGUCAGCUAGAGAGAACAAACCAGACUCUCAUCUCACAGGAGGGGAAGGUAGAGAAACUGAAGGGUGCAUUGGAGGAUGCUAUGAAUGCUCAUAAGAAAGCCAUGGACGACAAUGAGCGUCUUCUUGCCGACCUGAAAAAGUCUAACAACACUGUGAGGAAGUUGGAAGAGGAAAAGAGCCAGAUUGAGGCUGAUAUGCACAGUAAGGAAGACUUCCUGCGGGCAGCCAACCAAGACAGUAGUGGAUAUCGGGAAGAUCUCCUCAGAAUGGAGGCUACCUUAGCCGAAAAGGAUAACAUCAUAAGGUCGCUUGGAGACAUUAGGAACCAGGAGGAGGGGGAACAGAUACGACUUCUCCGAGAAGCCAUGCAUACUGCCAAAGAGGAGACAAGGAAGCACAGAAGGAGUGAGAAACAGCUGAAGGAGGAGGUGACUAAGCUCCAGUCACAUCUCAAGAAGGCUGUAGAGGACUGCGAGAGGCUUGCUGAUGACCUCGAGAAAAAGAAAGCUGCAUUAGAAAGACUUGAGUGUGAUGAAUAUGCUAAGUUCCGGUCCCAAAUUUCCCAACUGCAAGAACAGCUUCAACAAGAGGAGGAAUCACACAGAGCUGAAGUCGAGGGCAUGAACCAACAAGUUGCCAACCUUGCCUCAGAGCUUCAUGCCAAGGAUGUUGCUAUGGCAACCCUGAGUCACAAGGCCAGCGGCAUGGAGAAGCAACUUCGGGAGGAUAUGGAAGUCACACAGAAGAAAACAGCAGAACUGCAGGUGGCCAAUGCCCAGAUAGAGGCUAUACGGCUAGAGAAUCGCCACCUUCGUCAGACGAUCCUACAGCAGGCCCACACCAAUGCUGACAAGACAGUAUCAGAGGAACACAUGCGUGCUGUACAGAAUUCAUAUAGUACCAGUGUGUCUCGGCUAGAGCAUGAGAACCAGCAGUUAAGAGAAGACAUGGAUUGUUUGAAGGAAGAAAUGAAUGAGUUGGAAGAAAGGUAUGAGGAACAGGUACGACUUGCUCUACAGAAUGUAGAUACAUCUGCUCAGGAUGAAAGGAUAAAGCGGUUUGAGGAGAACUCAAAUCGACGAGUUGAAGAUCUCCAACAACAACUCAACUCCAAUACACAACAGUACAAGGAGGAGAUCCGUAUACUCAAGAUCGGCAAGGCUCAACUAGAGGCACAGCUUGAACUAGAGAAACGUUUACGAAACACAAAUGCAGAACGUCCUUCACCAUCACGGUUUUCUGAUUUCGACAACACAGAUAGGAGAUCUCGAUAUUCAGAUCCGAGUGAAAGACAUUCACGGUACUCCAGUGUGGACUCUCCUGUCCGGUUCUCUGAUAGGUCACGAUACUCGGACAAAUCACCACAGUUCCUGGACACUAAUCAUCAGUCACAAAACUCAUUCAGAAAUAACGAUAGUCCGUCAGAAUUCAGAGAACCUGACCGCCAUUCCAGAAACGAUAACAGACUUUCUAGUUUGUCAGACCCAGGGAGGCGGACUAUGGGCAGUGAACAUCAGAAACAAGAGAAUCCACAUUUGAGAACAAGGCCGCCUAUAGAAGGUAGUAAUGACACACAUCACAGCAACCCCGGGCUUGACGACCUCGAUCCAGAAUUAAGAGUCAAUGGUACUGCCAAUGCCAGCUUUGAAACAGUCCUGAGCAGUCGAGCAAUGUCAAUAUCAGACAGUUUACAAGAUGUUAGUAUGGAGGUUCCAAGUCCGAGGAAUUCUGUGUCACAGAAGUUUCUAGAAGCUGAGAAUAAGCGUGCUAAAGAACUUGAAUUUUUGAUAGACUCGCAUAUAGAAGAUCUGAAGCAUGGUACGGACAAGAUUGUUAAAAAAUAUAACAGGCGGCGGUAGUUGUUGGCCAACCAUAGCCAUUGUCAAAUGGUAGUGUUACAAUAUACCAUGGAGUCCCUGCUAAUGGACGUCGUGAAAAAGGAAGUGCUGAGUUUAUACUGUGAUCACCUUAUUGUUUUAAAAGCAUGUACAUUUCACAUUGUGGAAUUUUUUUAUCAGGAACUUAAACAAAAAAUUUUCUGAUAAAAAAGUUAAUCAACAAAUUUGAUAUUUGUUGAAAAGUUAGAAAUUAUUUGUGCUUUCUUAAGAUAUUCAGUCUUAAUAUUUAUUUAUAGUUAAUAUUAAAAUGGUUAUUAUAUUUUUGUUUGUAUUCAUGAAAACAUUUAGUUUCCGUCCAACUUCAACAAUGCAGAAUGACAGUGCAUGCCUUAAGUCUGAAUGAGAUUAUGGUAAGGAAGUACAAUAAACCAUUUGAAAUUUUUGGUUGUUGAAAUAGGCAGCAAAUAAAAUAAAUUGUUCAGUCAUCGACAAGCCUUUAAUGUUGUACUUACUAUUUAUUUCACUGUCGGGCCAACUGUUGAAAUAUGUCAGUAUUAAAUUAAUAGACAAUGAAUGUGUUUUAUUUGAUCAGUAUAAAGAAUAUGAUGCAAAUCAUAUUCAAAUUAAUUAUCAGCUUAUCAUUUUAAGUGAUUAAGCAAAUACAUGUACCUGCAAAAAAAAAAUGCAGAAAAUAUGUCAUUCAAUAAUACAUAAUGAAAUUUGAUACCAUCUAUCUCACUUAUGUAGCGUCAAAUAUCUGUGAUAAUUUGCAACAGGAUCAACUUGUCUCCUUUCAGGAUAUUUGUACAUAAAUGUUUUGUUCACUAUUGUAUUUGUGAGUUCCGUUACACAAUGUAUUGUAUGUAUACCCCUAUGAGGUGAGUGUUAUUUUGAACCUCUCCAUCCAAUAGUAAUCUAUCUAGCGGAUGUCAUUGUGCAGGGGAGGUAACUCUUGUUGUUGGCAUAAACAAGUCACUGCCUGUUUUCCAUUAUGGUAAAUGGUGGGUUAGAUGGAAUAUUAUACAGUUGAAUUGUUUAACUACAAAAGAUCAUGGUCUAUCAGGUUCUUUAGAAAUACCACAUUUUGAGAUGGUGUUCAAUAUGUAUGUUGGUGCCAUUAAUAGCAAUGUAAUUUGAAGACAUGCACAUGUACUACAGAUCUAGAUUUUGACAAACUCUACUCGCAAAUCUAUAUUUUCAUAGUUAUUAUUGAAAAUGUUCACCACCCCUGUAAUAAUAUGUACAAGCCCUUGACGCUAGUAUGAAUUGUGAAAACCCCUCUAAUAUUGAGAUACAGAGACAGUUAAGUGGAGUAGAUAUGAAUUGUGUAAACCUCUCUAAUAUUGAGAUACAGAGGCUGUAAUAGUGGAGUAGAUAUGAAUUGUGUAAACCCCUCUAAUAUUGAGAUACAGAGACAGUAAUAGUUGAGCUUUUUUCUUGUUAGUGCCUUAUAAUAGAAAAUUUUGUAAUUGUAGAUUGUUGAAAUUAGAUCUCAAUGAAGAUUUCAGCACUGUACAUGCCAGUUCUCACAAAUAGAUAUUAGAAUACUGUUGAAAAUGACAUUUUCACAUUUUGACAUCAAAUCUACGUAUUGAAGAUUUAGUCUGUACAUUGUGUUAAGUAUUCAUUCUGAUUAUAUCAAUCAUGUGAUUCGAAUGAGAUCUAUCCAUUCUAAUCAGUACUUUCACCAAAUAUCUAAGUACUGUAUCAUUCUUACAUGUUCUUCUAUCAUUGUCUAAUAUCAUCAGUAUAAUUCUUUUUUUACCAUCAUAAAAUUCUCAUUAAAUGUAUUACACCAUAAUGUCAUGUAUCAAUUUCACCAAAACAAGACAAUCAGCAUUGAUAGUUAAUAUGACCAUAUUGAAACUUCACUCACUACUAAGCAAUAAUAAAUAGUGUUCAUUGAUAGAUGUUUGUGUAUUGGUGUGUUAAUAUUGAAGCUUUUCAUAGAAGGUGAUAUAUCUAUGAUGUUUACUUCAUUAUUGUGUUUGUUAAGGAAAAGGCAGUAUUGACUUUUUCUUGCUUGAUUAUUUGUAUGGUCACUGUAAUAUGAUACAGGGAAGAAGAUUAAUACCUACCUGCAUGGUAUGUGUGAUAUAUAUAAUAUGUAUUUAUUACAUACUAUGUUGUACCACAGUCAGGUUUUAUAAUAGUGCAAAUAUUCACUUGCUUGCCAAUUCAGAAUAGAUAUUAGUGUUCUUAAAUUCAAAGAAAUUUAAAAUCAGUUUUUGAAAAAUCAUCUAAUCCAUUUAUCUGCUUAUGACAUGAAAAUCAUUUAAUUUUCUUCCUUUUUUAGAAGUACAUGUACAUGCAUACAUAUUUAAUAUGGAUAUAAUUGUUUAAACUAUUUCACUGCAUGUCUUAGCUGUCAUCUUUUAAGGUAAAAGGGAUGCUUCACACAUCAGAUUUCGGGGUGAAUUUGUUUGUGUGUAUAGGCAUCAGUUACUAAAUGGUUCAUUAGAAUAUAGCUGACCAAAGUUUUAGAUUUGCUUACUAAACCUCUCCUCUACUGCCAGUCUUUUUGCUGCAUUGAAAUUCAACUGACGGUUUUACCACCAAACAGCUGAUUGAUAUUAGUAUAGAUAUAUGUUUUUUAUGUUAAUGUUGCCCAUGUAAAAUGGGUCUUUAUAUUUAUAAUUCACUAUUGAAAUAAAACACUUAAAACUGAU